UCUGCCUUGUAAGUGGACGACCUUGCUGCUGUCCUCUCUCACUACUCCCCGCAUACAAACACAAUUUGUGUUGUUAACCGCAUUAUCAGUAAAGAAAGGACGACCAGCUUCUUCAGACUUGGAAUCCAUUGAAGGCCUUCAAGCGACGACCAACUUAAUUCAGACUGAUGGUUGCAUUCGGGAAGAAGUUAAAAGAAACACAAAUUCAAGAAUGGCAAGGAUACUACAUCAACUAUAAGCUGUUGAAGAAGAAAGUGAACCGAUAUUCACAGGAAAUUGAUGUUGGAGGUCAGAAUCCAGAAGAUGUUCUGAGGGACUUCUCAAGAUUGUUAGAUAGCCAGAUUGAGAAGAUUGUCUUGUUUUUCUUAAAACAAAAAGGGCUACUUGCGAGCAGAUUGUUAUAUCUUGGAGAAAAGCAAGAUGCUCUUUUGCAGCAGUCAGAUGGGUUUAACAUAUCCGAACAACAAGAAGCAUAUAGAGUAGUUGGACAGGAUCUUUUACGGCUUCUUUUUUUUGUUGAGAUGAAUGCUAUUGGCUUACGCAAGAUCUUGAAGAAGUUUGAUAAGCGAUUUGGUUAUAAAUUUACUAAUUACUAUGUCAAAACUCGAGCAAAUCAUCCUUAUUCUCAGCUGCAACAAGUGUUUAAGCAUGUGGGUAUUGGGGCUGUCGUUGGAGCCAUAUCUCGUAAUCUUGCAGACCUUCAAGACCAUCAGGGUUCCUACAUAUCAAUAUAUGAUCAGCCUGCUUUAUCCCACCCGGACCCUGUCAUUGAUUCUAUCAAGGCAGCUGUGAACAGGUUAUCAAACUCCACAAAUUUCCUCGAUUUUUUGGGAAAACAUGCGUUUAUAAUUCAAGAGGAUCCAAGUCCAUCUGAAGAUCAUGUUAUCGAGCAGAAUUAUCAUUAUAUGUCACUUCUCUUGAACUUGGUAAACACUUUUCUGUACAUGGUAAACACAUACAUCAUUGUCCCGACAGCAGACAGGUACUCCCUGAGCCUUGGAGCUGCAGCAACUGUCUGUGGUGUCGUGAUUGGGUCGAUGGCUGUUGCACAGGUGUUCUCUUCAGUAUAUUUUAGUGCAUGGUCCAACAGGUCGUACUUGAGACCUCUAGUAUUCAGCAGCAUGGUUCUCCUUGUGGGGAACACGUUAUAUGCACUGGCUUUUGAUCUUAAUUCAAUAGCAGUUCUUCUGAUUGGUCGACUUCUCUGUGGGUUUGGUUCAGCAAGAGCAGUUAACAGGCGAUAUAUCAGUGAUUGCGUACCUUUGAAGUUACGAAUGUGGGCUUCUGCAGGUUUUGUCAGUGCAAGUGCACUAGGAAUGGCAUGCGGUCCAGCACUUUCCUGCUUAUUUCAAACUAAUUUCAAGAUUUACAAGUUGACAUUUAAUGAGGACACUUUGCCUGGUUGGGUUAUGGCUUUCUUAUGGCUUAUAUAUUUACUGUGGCUGUGGAUUUCAUUUAGAGAACCUUCACGUGAGACUAAAGAGAAUUCCUUGCUGAAUGCAUCCAAUACUGGAAUAAUUGUAAAUGACAUUGUUGAAAAUAGUUUUAAACAUCCUUUGCUUCCAAAAUCAGAAGUGGACCAACAAUGUGAAGAUGGAGACCAAGAAUUAGAUGAUUGUGAAGAUGAUUCUAAGGAAAUUAGGCCUGUCACUUCGAUUGUUGCAGCGUAUCAAUUACUUACACCGUCUAUAAAGGUUCAACUUUUUGUCUACUUUAUGCUAAAAUAUGCCAUGGAGAUUAUACUGGCGGAAUCAAGUGUUGUCACCGAGUAUUACUUUGUUUGGUCAACAACAAGCGUGGCAAUUUUUCUCGCAUCUCUUGGGCUGACAGUGCUUCCUGUAAAUAUCGUCGUUGGAAACUACAUCAGCAACAUGUUCGAAGAAAGGCAAGUUCUUCUGGCAUCUGAGAUUAUGGUGUGCAUAGGUAUUCUGCUGAGUUUCCAUAUACUGAUCCCUUAUUCUGUGCCUCAAUAUGUCGGCUCAGCACUUAUCACAUUUGUAGCUGCUGAAGUCCUUGAAGGUGUGAAUUUAUCACUUCUAUCUCGAGUCAUGUCAUCGAGGCUCUCCCGGGGAACCUACAAUGGUGGACUUCUUUCGACAGAAGCUGGAACCUUAGCGCGGGUAGUUGCAGAUGGAACAAUAACACUUUCUGGUCACUUGGGUGUGAGCAGGCUCUUAAAUAUCACAUUAGUUCCUUCCCUCUUCAUCUGUAUUACCUCCAUUGCUGCCACCUGCUUCACCUACAACUCUCUGUACUAA